AUGUCCGAGCAUGAAGUAAAUGGUGACGAUGCGUUGACCUGGCUAGAGGAGCCUCCUCCAGAAGGCAGCUGUCUCUUCGUGGAUGAGGACUUUCCAGCCGCUGCCACAUCUAUCCAUGGCCGGAAGGAAGAGGGAUGGUCCGACAUCCCCCAAUGUCACUGCAACCUGGAUGCUCACCAGUCGACCAUGAAGAAGGAAGGGGUUCGCGGAGGGCGCUUUUGGCAUUGUGGCAGGCAGAGGUGCUCCUUCUUCAGGUGGGUUACUCACUUGGAGAAGCUCUCCUGUCGGGUGUGGUGGCAACGCUUCCCUGACUUCGUGCUGGUCCGCGACUAUGGCUUCCGAGCCCAGGAUUUGCUACAGGGCGCGGUGGGGGACUGCUGGUUCCUCUCAGCCCUGGCCGUGGUGGCCCAGCGUCCGGACCUGAUCCUCCGCCUCUUCCGGGGCCAGACCGCCACGCGCCGCGACGGGCGCUAUAGCGUGCAGCUCUUCCUAAAUGGGCGCUGGCGCGAGGUGGUGGUGGACGACCAGUUGCCGUGUGUCGAUGCGCAGCAAAAGAGGGGAGAUGGCAGCAACCUCGCCUUCAGCCGCACAAAGGACGGGCAGCUUUGGGUGCCCUUGCUGGAGAAGGCCUAUGCGAAGGCGCACGGCUCCUACCGCGCCAUCAGCGGUGGGUCGGUUGCAGAGGCGCUCUCGGACCUCACCGCAACUCCCUGCGAGACCAUCGACCUGGACCUUGCUCAGCCGUUGGAGCUGUGGGAACGCCUCGUCUCUUUCCGCGCGGCAGAGCUGCCCAUGGGCUGCGGCACCGCUGGACACCCAGAGCUGGAAGAGGUGGGCCUUGUUGGGUACCACGCCUACAGCAUCCUAGAUGUGCGAGAGAUUGAUGCCCAGGAGGUGCCUGAGCAGCUGCGGACGAGCGAUUCAGUGGUACGACUUCUGCGCCUCCGCAACCCCCACGGGGCUGGGGAGUGGAACCGGGACUGGUCAGACGCCUGUGUGUGGACGUCAGAAGCUGCGGAGGCUUUGGGAGCGGAAGGCCCCACCAAAGUGGAAGACGGCACCUUCUGGAUGGACUUUAUGCACUUUCUGAUGGCCUUCGAGGUGGUGGACGUUUGCUUCGCACGAUCCUGGAACUGCCUGAGUCUGGAGAACUACUUCUGCGCCAAGGCAGAAGCCAGCAGGCUAUGCCGUUUCGCCUACGUGCUGCGCCUGGAGUCUGGGGCCGCGGUGGAUAUCUCUUUGCUGCAAGCCACGAAACGAGGGACUUGGGCGCGAGGAGAGCGGCAGCGCUUCUACCAGCCAGGAGACCUUAGCCUCCUGUUGCUGCGCAACGAACAGCUGCUCGAAGCGUCGGAGCUGGUUGCCUGGCACUUCCGGUGCCAGCCACGAAGCACUUUGCAGGUGACACUGGAGGCGGGGAGUUACCUGCUGCUUCCCUUCUGCCUGGGCGCCGGGCCUGUGGCAACAUUUGGAGGUCCAGAGGCCGCGGCCUUCACUUUGCGGCUGCACUGCAGCACCGCGCUGCGUUGCCGCUCGCUGGCCAGCCACAGCGCCCGACUGGAGCCAGCAGCACAGAGAGCCAUGCAGGCGGCUACCCGGCAGGCGGAGGUGUGGCCGGUGGAGGGUGCCGGCGAGGUGCUUUUCUUGCAGAAGAGCGAGGGUGGCGUGGUGCUGCUGACAGCGGCCAGCCAAAGUUCUGCGAGGCUCAAGCUGCAGGUUUGUGCCAAGGCAUCCUCAGUGCGGAUCGCCAGCGGCCUUUGCACCUCCAAGCAGGUGCCCGCGGAGUUCGAGGGGCGCCUGCCCUGCAACCUGUGCGGCAGGCCAGGCCAUCCCAGUCGCCUUUGCCCGGUGCGGCGGCGCCGGAAAUGCCGAGAUGCUGUUUGGCGAUGCUACGAAGUGUCAUUGUCACUGCAGUCGGGCCAGCGCCAGCUUUGUCUCAUCGCAGUGGGUGAUGCCAUGCUCGGCCCUGCCCGCUGCACGUCAAACGCCGGGACCAGCGCCGGCGCGAUCGGCGGCGUUGGCAGCUUGUUUGAGCCAUGGCAGCUGCUUCCGGGCGAGCUGGACCAGUACCGUUGGGCUGCGGAGGAUGAGGAGACGCAGCUGGCACGUGCUAUCGCUUUGUCGCUGGCAGAUGAGACUCAGGAAGAGGAGCUGCAGAAAGCGCUGGCCGAGUCCUUGGCUGCAGGAGCCUCCGACAUAGCGCGCGUAGAGGAGGAGCCCAAGUCCAAGAAGACCGAGGCGAGGAAGAAGAACGAAGCAAAGAGCUCCGGCGAGGAGGUGGCUGAAGCCAUUGCAGAGCUGGCAAGGCAAAGGGGCUCCAUCACCAUGAACGAGCUGAAUCAGGACGGCAACUGCAAGAAGUUGUUGAAGCCCUUGCUGAAGAAGCACUCAGUGAAGCUUAGCAAAGCCUGGCUCCUGAAGUUUCCGCAGCUGCUAGUCUCGGAGGAGUCCGGCUCGCUGACAGUGCGCGCGACUGAUGGAUAUCCUGAAGGCGGAUGA